UCUCCGCGGGACUGGGCUCGGGAACAAAGUUGCGCGGGGCUCACCGAUGCAGUGUCGGCUGGUAGAAUUCUGACUCGUCGUCUGUCGCGGCGUAGGGGUUGUUGGGGGCUGCGUCAAGGAGACACUAGACUGGAACGUUCUGUCAUUCCGAGGCGACGGGCCCGAGCUGACGGGGCCGCACUCUCCGGUGGCAGCCGACCACUGCGGGGCCGUGGGCCGAGGGGCCGGGCCCCUCGCGUGCUGCAGGGAGCCCAAGGCCCAGCCAGUCUUGGGAAGGGAGCUGAGGGGCUCUGUUUUUUUGUGACCACAAUGAGAAAUUUAGACAGUGAUGAUCGGGUAACUGACAAGCUUAACAAGCCCAAGACAUCGAGAGAAUGGUUGGAACCACAGCCACUUUCUUUUAUGGAGGCAUUAGCUAAAGAAGAUAUUGAUGCAGCUAUUCAAUCAAUAUUAUAUAGAGAAAAUUAUGUAAUUAAGGAACUAGAUAAGUGUUUACAACAUCAUGACUUUUUAAAGGCAAGAAGAAAAGAGAUGUUACAUAAAAGAUGGGCUGACCAUGUGGCACAUCCUCUCCAGAAGAAAAUAAUAGAAAAAGUUUGUUCAUAUAAGAAGAUUAAAAAAAGGAGACAAGAAGAAUUAGAUAGUUUUUUAAAACAUGUAAAUAAAAAGGGAAAUGCAUUUAUAGAACAUUAUGAUCCAAAAGAGUAUGAUCCUUUUUAUAUGAGCAAAGAGGACCCAAAUUUUCUGAAGGUUACCAUUCCACCAUUUCGUGACCCUUUGAAAAAGGCACAAUAUGACAAAGAUGAUGAAAAAAGAACUCUUCUUCAGUGUGAGACUGGCAAAAUAUAUACAAUGAAAGAAUUUAAAGAGAUUGAAAAGGCCAAACUGCAUUCCAGAUUCCCAAGAAUUUCUAAUUCAAGGCACUUUAUGACUCCAAAUGAGUGGCUUAAGCUGCCUACAACCUACAUAGAAAGUGAAAUUUGUAAAAGGAGCAGGUAA